AUGUCCAUGCCUCGUCGAUCUGACUUCACUUACACUUCUUGUUACUGUGAGGAAAACGUGUAUUUUCUCUGUCGUUCGCUGGUUUCACAAGGCGUCGCACACGUGGAUGAUUUGGCCGUCGUCUUCAUCUCCAAUCCUGACCGCAAGGUUCCCAUGUGGUGUCAGAAGGCCAGCAUGUGUCGCUCCGAUGAUAACAGUGGGAAUGAGGGGGGCAAUGGUGGGGAGGAGCAGGGUUUGGUGGUUUGGGACUACCAUGUCAUUGCCAUCCAUGUGAAGCACAUCAAUGGAGCGGGAGUUAGUGACGGAGCAGGAUCUGAAAGGAGUAGGUGUCGCAAGUGGUAUGUGUGGGACCUUGACACGGUAUUGGCGUUUCCAAGUCUAGCAACCGAGUACGUGCGGCGAGCGCUGUGGGCCGGGAGAACUUCCCUCCUUCCUCUACAAGAUUCUUAUCAAAGGCUUUACAGGGUGGUUUCUGCUUCCAACUAUUUCAGAUUCUUUGCGUCUGAUCGGUCUCACAUGCGUGACACUAUCACAAACAGUUGGCUAGCCAGCCCUCCAACGUAUCCAUGCAUUAUCUCUCAAGAUGGUGAGACAAACAGGCUGGAGUCAUACAUCCAGAUGUCCCCUGUUGACACUGUGGACAUUAAGGUGGUAUGUAAGGACUAUUCUGAAUGUAACCCAGAAAAUGUUAACUGGGUUGCUUGGAAAACGUUGCUCUGUGCACACAACUUCGGUGUUGUUCUGGAUGAAGUGUCUUUUUGCCUGCUCCUUGGAGCAAGUGUUUGA